GUUUGGCAAUAGGGUGGGUCAAGGGUAAAUGUUAACUGCAGGAAACUGAAUCAAAGAAUUGCUGUGACCAUGAAGCUUUUGAGCAGAGAUUCGCGGUUGAUCUGUGAGCUUGCUUUUCUUCCCCCGGCCUUAAUUUUCUGGAGCAUUCUUGGGGCCAGAGCAUUGGACAAUGGCUUGGCGCGGACUCCUACUAUGGGCUGGCUGCACUGGGAACGUUUCAUGUGCAACCUUAACUGCCAAGAAGAGCCUGAUGCCUGCAUCAGUGAGCAACUGUUUAUGCAGAUGGCAGAGCUCAUGGUCUCUGAUGGCUGGAAGGAUGCAGGUUAUGAAUACCUCUGCAUAGAUGACUGUUGGAUGGCUCUCCAACGGGAUUCAAAUGGCCGGCUUCAGGCAGAUCCCCAGCGCUUUCCUAAUGGGAUCCAACACCUAGCUAAUUAUGUCCACAGCAAAGGAUUGAAGCUGGGUAUUUAUGCAGAUGUUGGGAAUAAAACCUGUGCAGGUUUCCCUGGGAGUUUUGGAUACUAUGACAUUGAUGCCCAGACAUUUGCUGACUGGGGUGUAGAUCUGCUAAAAUUUGAUGGUUGUCACUGUGACAGUAUGAUAUCCUUGGAAGAUGGUUAUAGGUACAUGUCCUUGGCCUUGAAUAGGACGGGCAGAAGCAUUGUAUACUCCUGUGAGUGGCCUCUAUAUAUGAGACCCUUUCAUAAGCCCAAUUAUACAGAUAUCCAAUAUUACUGCAAUCAGUGGAGGUAUUUUGAUGAUGUUUAUGAUUCCUGGCAAAGCAUAAAGAAUAUCUUGAUCUCGACAAUAGCUAACCAGAAGGAGCUUGUUGAAGUCGCUGGACCAGGGGGUUGGAAUGACCCAGACAUGUUAGUGAUUGGCAACUUUGGCCUCAGUUGGGACCAGCAGGUAACACAGAUGGCCCUCUGGGCUAUCAUGGCAGCUCCUCUACUCAUGUCCAAUGAUCUCCGACAAAUCAGCUCUCAAGCCAAAGCCCUACUUCAGAAUAGGGAUGUAAUUGCCAUCAACCAAGACCCCUUGGGCAAGCAGGGGUACUGUUUUAGAAAGGAAAACUACAUUGAGGUCUGGGAACGACCACUCUCAAACUUAGCCUGGGCCGUAGCCCUGAGAAACCUGCAGGAAAUUGGUGGACCUCGUUUUUAUACCAUCCAGCUUUCUUCCCUGGGUCAAGGAGUAGCCUGCAAUCCUAGCUGCUUCAUCACGCAGCUCCUUCCAGUGAAAACACAGCUAGGCUUCUAUGAAUGGACUUUGAACUUAAAAACUCGAAUAAAUCCCUCAGGCACUGUUUUGCUUCGGAUAGAAAGAUAAGCUACCCAAAGGCAGAUAUCUACAUUCAGUGCCUGGUUUUGUUAAGGACUGACCUGUUUCCUGUUUCCCCUUUAAAUAAAAAAUAUCCCAAAGUUA